AUGUGCGGGCUUGUGCUUUCAGAAGCAACAUGGAGCCGGAAGCCGAGCCUGAGGGGCAGCCCUGAGCCCUCCGGCCGAGGCCCUGCCGCUUCCCAGGUCAGGAGCCUCGUUCUCCGCACACAGCAGAUGUGCAACACCAGUAUGUCUGUGUCCGCUGAUGGUGCUGUGAGCACCUCACAGAUUCCAGCUUCUGAGCAAGAGACCCUGGUUAGACCAAAGCCAUUGCUUUCGAAGUUGUUAAAAUCUGUUGGUGCACAAAAAGACACUUAUACUAUGAAAGAGGUUAUAUUUUAUCUUGGCCAAUAUAUUAUGAAGAAGCGAUUAUAUGAUGAGAAGCAACAGCAUAUUGUAUAUUGUUCAAAUGAUCUUCUAGGGGAUUUGUUUGGAGUGCCAAGUUUCUCUGUGAAAGAACACAGGAAAAUAUACACAAUGAUCUACAGAAACUUGGUAAUAGUCAAUCAGACGGAACCAUCAGAUUCAGGCACAUCUGUGAGUGAAAACAGAGGUCACCUUGAAGGUGGGGGUGAUCAAAAGGACUCUGUACAAGAGCUGCAGGAAGAGAAACCUUCAUCUUCAGAUUUGGUUUCUAGACCAUCUACCUCAUCAAGAAGGAGAACAAUUAGUGAGACAGAAGAAAACUCAGAGGAAUUACCUGGUGAACGUCAAAGGAAGCGCCACAGAUCUGAUAGUAUUUCCUUUUCCUUUGACGAAAGCCUUGCUCUGUGUGUGAUAAGGGAGAUCCGCUGUGAAAGAAGCAGUAGCAGUGAAUCAACAGGGACUUCGUCAAAUCCGGAUCUUGAUGCUGGUGUAAGUGAACAAUCAGGUGAUUGGUUGGAUCAAGAUUCAGUUUCAGAUCGAUUCAGUGUAGAAUUUGAAGUUGAGUCUUUGAAUUCGGAAGAUUAUAAUCUCAGUGAAGAAGCACAAGAACUCUCAGAUGAAGACGAUGAGGUAUAUCAAGUUACUGUGUAUCACGCAGGGGAGAGUGAUACAGACUCAUUUGAAGAUGAUCCAGAAAUUUCCUUAGCUGACUAUUGGAAGUGUACUUCAUGCAAUGAAAUGAAUCCUCCCCUGCCAUCACAUUGCAAUAGAUGUUGGGCCCUUCGUGAGAAUUGGCUUCCUGAAGACAAAGGGAAAGAAAAAGGAAAAGGAAGCAUGCCUGAGGAAACCAAACUAGAAAACUCAACACAAGUAGAAGAGGGCUUUGAUGUCCCUGAUUGUAAAAAAAGUACGGUGAAUGAUUCCCAAGAAUCAUGUUUUGAGGAAAAUCAUGAAGAGAUCACCCAAGCCUCCCAAUCCCAAGAAAGUGAGGACUAUUCUCAGCCAUCAACUUCUGGUAGCAUCAUUUAUAGCAGCCAAGAAGAUGUCAAAGAGUAUGAGAGGGAAGAAACACAAGACAAAGAAAGUGUGGAAUCUAAUUUUCCCAAUAAUGCCGUCGAACCUUGUGUGAUUUGCCAAGGCCGACCUAAAAAUGGUUGCAUCGUCCAUGGCAAAACAGGACAUCUUAUGGCAUGCUUUACAUGUGCAAAAAAGCUAAAAAAAAGAAAUAAGCCCUGUCCAGUGUGUAGACAACCAAUUCAAAUGAUUGUACUAACUUAUUUCUCCUAG